UAAAGGAACAAUAUAGAGGUGUCCAUCUGCAAUUGUGUUAAUAAUUUAUUCCCAAAAUAAGAUUCCUUUGAUUUUGAGAUAGAUCACAGGCCAAAAGGGGGUUUAUCAAACUUUAUAAGACCGAAUAUAUUCAUUCCUUAAAAGGACCUAUGAUAAGAUGAAGAUAAAAGAAGUAAAAAAAUCCCGAUUUGAUAAGAGCUUGGUUCUUCGAUCGAGGCAGUCUGUGCCAUGUGUAAUCUAUGUAAAACAGUUGAUUAUUUAAGCAUUAAUUUUUUGGUAGGAAUGAAAAAUUGUAUUUUUAUGUUAGCGAUUUUUCUCCAAGUUUCAUCUGGAGCGAAAGAUUUGAAAAUCUUCUACGGAAGGGAAGCUAAAGAAGGAGAGUUCCCUUUUGUCGUUCACCUUAAUUCUCCGACAAAGGUUUGCGCCGGAUCGCUGUUGUCUUUCACCAAUUUCAUCACAGCCGCUCAUUGUUUCUACAUCAAAGGGUUUAGAGGAGUCGAACAUAAAAUUUCAAAUCCGAAGAACGUCAAAGUAACAGGAGGCGGUGUCAGUUUGGAAGGUUCCUCUAGGAGUACAACACUCCAGGUACGACGGGUUUCUUGUUACCACGUGCAUCCUUUGUUCAGAUACUACAUUCCCGAUACCGAAUCCAACGACGUGGCCGUUGGCCGAGUGAAUCCCGCUUUCGAUCCCAGUCCGCGUUUGCAACCAGUAAAAAUCUUUUCGAAGGACGCCCUGGAUCUACGGGUGGAGUUCGCCGAUAUUAUUUAUAAGAACGUGACUUGCUACGGCAUGGGAUGGGGCGAGACGAGAUACGAUUGCGACCCCAAGUCGGAAACAAUCAAACUGAAGACGGAUACCCAGUACAUGAAAGUGGUCGAAGUGAAACCGUUGAACACCUACCAAUGUUUAAAAAAAUACAAACGUCUGGCGGAUCGGGGAGAAACGUGCACCGAGGCUGUCAAUCUGCAAGAAGGGCCCUGCAACGGGGAUGCAGGGAGUCCUCUCGUCUGCAACGGUUACGCCUGGGGCCUCUUCACUAGCACCUUGAUCUGCGGGGAACGUGACAACGGGCACAUGUAUGUACUUUUCUGGAACUACUUGGAGUAUUUCAACGACACUUACAAGCCGGAGGGCCUCUGCAAGAGCGGCACCGAACAUCUGCAGUCAAUCUCAUAUAAAAUAUUAUUAAUAUUUUUCAUAACGUUGUACUGAAACUUUAUUCCUUCAUUUUUUUAAAUUGUCGACGGUGCUUCAUAAAAACAUGGUUAUAAAGCCUGUUAAAUUUUUUUCUUGCAUUGACAAUUUUAAUGUUCCAUGAACAUUUGUUUUCUAUGUCUUGUAUAAAUAUAUAUUUAACACAUGUGACUAUUUUCAAAGCGCUUAACAAAACCAUCACGCUAUUAUUAAAAAUUGUUAAAUGAUUUCUUCAAAAAAGCACUUUAGUUAUGCAUUAACUUAUUAAGCAUAAAUAUCGUCUAACAAAGCAAAUAAUAAGCAUGUAUUAUGAUGAAUAACAGAUCACCAUCUUUUAUUUAAUCUUUUAAUAAGAACUUAUGUCGACUCCCACAAAAUUCCGUUUUAGUCUUAAUUUGUUGUCUAAGGAAUUUCCUAAAUUAAUUUAUACCAAAUAAUAAAAAUUUUAAUGGCAGACUAAUUUAGGUUGCGAACAAUGGUGUGCAUGGUUUGCCGAGAUAUGUAGGUGGGACGAUGUCGACCUCAGGUAUCUCCAGGUGGCAGACCCCGAAUCGGAAAAAUCGAUUGUACGUGGUCUAGACUUUUCUUUUAUGUGGCUAUUUCAUGCUGAGUACCGUACCCCCAGCUGUUUGCCACAUCUGACGAUCACCGGAUAUUAUAGUAUAUUGUGGUGGAACGACGAGGCGAUUAUCCAUCGUUUGAAUGAUUUUAUCUCUGAGAAAAUUGGGCUGUGGUUGUACGCAGUUAAGUGAAGAUGAUGAGUUUUCCAAAAAGUAACGUUCGUUCGUUUGAAAAAUUUUGUUCUAGAGAUUUCCAAUUGAGCUAAAAAGGCUAAGAAGAAUGCCGCAGAAGAACAACAAAAAAUUAGGGCCUAUAUCUGGUCAUUUCCGACCAAUUUGGUUUGACAAUCUUCGUUGCCUUUCUCGGGUAGACGUUUCAGGACUUGAUGGGUUUGUGACGAUGACCGGGCGCAACAUCUUAAAUCCAACCAUUAUUCCCUUGGAUGAGUCGUCCCUAGCUCAAACUACUCGGGAUCAGAACACAAUUUCGAUCAAGUGCUUUGUCUGUUUCCAGACAUCAUAAAACAUUUUGGUAUGAUAACAUAAUGAACGUUCGAACCAAUAUGCUCAAUAACAUGGAUGUACCAACUGAGCUAAAAGUUGAGAAACCUGUUUCCACUGUUUCGUACAAGCGUGACACCAGGGCCAAACUACCUCCACUGCUACUCUCAAACGGCUCAAAAACCAAAACUGCCAAAUUGAGUGAAACGUACUAAGUGGAUUACCCAGGUUUACACUUAUUUUCACCUAUUAAACCUUAUUUAAUAUCAAAAUAUUUAUGACAUGUAAAUAAUCUGAUGGAGUGGGGUUGAAGCAAGAGCCAUGGUGUUUUCAGAAGUACCUUUUAUACGAUAGCAUAAUGCACGUCCGAAACAUAAGAGAUCUAACAAGAAGAGGAACAUGAAAACACACUUUAUUCUGAAGCUUUGAGCCCUCGUGAAUAACAAAAAAUACG